AUGGCGGCUCUGGUGUUGCCAGAAGAUGUGUACUGCAGAGUGAAGAACUGCGCCUUGGAGUUCUGUGAGUUCAAAGAAAGUGGGCCCAGCGACACCCAGAAACGUGCGGGAUCGGAACCACCCUGCGCGUCCCACCGAUCCUGCACUCCUUGGGUGUCGGCUGAUCAUGUGGAGGACCACAUGACUGAUCCAGUCGCAUGUGAAACAGCUCUGCAGCAGGAGACCGUUGCGGAAGUUCGUGGAGAUGUUGCUGUGGACGAAUCCGCUACUGGUCCAGCUGCUUCCCAGGGGACGGCAAGCACUAUGCCUAUGCCCUCAAUGCUCUCGGUCUUGCCGCCCACCCCACCGACGACCCAGAAGAACACCUUCAUUGAACCUGUUGAAGAGAAGCCCACCUUGCACCGAAUCCUUUCAGCCCCGGCACUGGGCAAUCCUUCUCGUUCUCCGAGCCAAAGCCCCCGCUCACCGGGCGAUCGAUGUGAUCGAUGUGAUCGAGAUCCCACACCUGCAUUUGUUCAAGAGCAAGUUCUGGUGCACACAAGGACUGCCGAUGAGAUCGACAAGAUCCAUCUGGACUUUGAUCCCUUGGACCUCUCCAAGCGCAAGGACCUGGACAUUGCACAUGGCCGUGCGGUGAUUGGAAUGUGGAUGCCUGUCGUCCUCAUUGAUGUCAGAGAUCAGCUCCUGUUCGUUAUUGGUCCCAAACACCUGGCGAUAGCCUAUGGAUACCAUCGCUUUCCUUGCCAGCAUGAACGACUUGUUUAUCUCAGCAAGGAACUUUGCAAGUACCACCAGAGGGGGUAUUGCCGGUCUGGCCAGAAGUGCCAGUUCAUGCAUUCCACACCCCAGCAGAUUCUCGAGCUACUAAACAUGCUGGAUAGAAAGGAUGCAUUGGACGCACUGCGCUCUGAUGUACUCAACUUGGGUUACCCUGCACCAGAACACCCACAAGGUGCUGUGAUCCUGAGCAGGAAUCCCGCUACUGGCGGAGCAAUGUGGGACUAUGCGCCAGCUAAUGUGGAUGCAAGGGUCCAUGGGGUGCACACACACCAAAGAUGUGGCCGACGCAUUGUGCAGACCCGCGAGACCAAGAUCGGACGAAUGGUCUGGCUGCAAAACGUCUGCACCUUCUCCGUGAAGGGCCCCCAAGGCCGGUGUACCUACGGCGCUCAUUGUCGUUUCGAUCACCUGCGGGAGGCUCAGGUGGAGGAGGUCGUCCGCUUGCUCGAUCUGACGGAGUCAUACUUCUGGAAUCGAAGGAUGUGGUAG